AUGAAUCUAGCAAAUUAUUCCUACUUCUCUGGCAUGUGCAACAUGACCGCAGAGCAAUCGCCUGCCGAGGCAAGUCCUGUUGUCAUGUCUCCAAAUGUGAGCCUGGACUCGCCACUGCCUCCGCCGCCUUUGAUGCUGCAGGCCCGGUCAAAGGAAAGCAUUUUGAUCAAGUCCGAGCCCCGUGGAAACAGUCCCAACACGGAGGACGGAGGCGCUCUGGGUCAGACUGAGGAGCACCUGCCCACGGGGAGCCGCAGGAGGAAGAGGCCCGUCCAGAGGGGGAAGCCUCCCUACAGCUACAUCGCUCUCAUCGCCAUGGCCAUUGCCAACUCCCCGGAGAGGAAGCUCACCUUAGGGGGCAUUUAUAAGUUCAUAAUGGAGCGCUUUCCUUUCUACAGGGAGAACUCGAAGAAGUGGCAGAACUCAAUCCGCCACAACCUCACGCUCAAUGACUGCUUUGUGAAGAUCCCCCGGGAGCCCGGUAGACCAGGUAAAGGCAAUUACUGGACGUUAGACCCCGCAGCUGAGGACAUGUUUGACAACGGAAGUUUUUUGAGGAGAAGGAAAAGAUUCAAGCGCACAGACGUUAGCACAUACCCCGGUUACAUGCAGAGCUCCAGCGCUUUUACGCCAACGCCAAUGGGAAGGCCUUCGUAUCCAAACGCCCUGUAUGCCGGCAUAGGGUCAGGUUACGGCUCUCAGCUGACGGCCACAUCCCCACACCCAGCCAUGCUGCAUCAUUACCAGACCUCUGCUGGAGUCAGCCAAGGACAGCCGCGCAUGUUCAGCAUCGACAACAUCAUCAGUCAGCAGACGGUUGUGCAGAGCGGCUCAGGUGGGGACCUCAACUCCCAAGCGCUGGGGCUGGGUGGAGGCGAUUUGAGCACUAUGACCUCCAGCUGCUCGGUAACCGGCACCGACCCGUCUGCUUGUUUCCAGACCCAAACUGUCAACCCGUCAGCGAACAUGCUGAGCAGAAACAGCGCGAACCUUUCAUCCAACCUGACCACCGGGUACCCAUAUUCCUCUCCGGCUUCUCCUCCAAAUCUGCCCACCAUGACCCAGUCCGGAUUCUCCCCGGGCAGCUCCCAAGUGUACUGUACGAGCAACCGGCUCUCCCUACCGGCAUUGCGCCCGAGCUCCUGCGCCGAGCACUCGGAGCAGCUACUGGGCCUCUCCAACCCCAUGAACUACAACAACACUUACAUGAGACAAGCCAACUUUGCGUCAGGAUUAGAGCGGUAUAUGUAA